UAAAGGGAAGUCACUCAAGAACUUCCUUCACGUGCGGCAAGGAGCAACGUCCUUUUAGUGAGUUAGAAAGUCAUUCACACUUUUAGUUGCUGAAAUGGAUUUUUCUUCCUCGCCUCCUGGAGGAAAACUGGGUUCCGCUGACAAGGAACAACUUAUGGAUCAGGUCAAGCAACAGAUUGCUUUGGCUAAUGCUCAGGAACUUUUGCAGAAAAUGUCGGAGAAGUGUUACAAGAAAUGCAUAUCUAAGCCUGGGACAACCCUCGACAACUCAGAACAGAAAUGUAUUGCCAUGUGCAUGGAUCGAUACAUGGACUCUUGGAAUUUAGUUUCGCGUGUAUACAGUCAACGUCUGCAAAGAGAACGUGCACGAUUACAAUAGACUUGAACAUUGUUCAAAAACAGUUGUGGAAUCAUGUUGCUGAAUGUCUGGGUACAUCAUCCACAGUUUAUUUCAAAGGGCAGAAACACCAUGAAAUGAAGAAUGAAUGUCAUGCUUUAUGUAAACCAAAAACCAGAAGUUGGGAAGAAUUAGCAAACUCUGAUGCAGAAAUCAGUCAUCAAAUUUGAAUCAGCUCUUCCCAUCGAUUGUUAAACAGUGAACUGUAUCUCUUUAACCUUGCAACAUAACUGCCAUUUAAAAUUCCUUUUUAAAGAUAUGUUUAGAGACAUCUCAUUUUUGUUUUUACGUGUCAACAGUUUCCAGCAAGAUGUAAUUGACAAAUAAAAGUACACCAUAAAAUACUGAGCUGCAUUAUAACUUAUGGAGAUCAUUAUAAUCAUUGCCAUCUUUGAUUGAUUCAUCAUUUGCCUUCGAGUGCAUAAAAGGCUAAGCUGACCCCAUAAGAGGUUAUUCAUGGCUUAGUUGUCUGAAAUGUUUUGAUCGAUAUCAUCUGAAUGUAUCGUUUUGCUUUGUAAAAAAAAAUCAUACUGCAAAA